AUGAGAUCGAAGGUGGAGAAGAUGAUGUUUGACGAUCGCCAGAAGCAGAUGGGUCUCCCCACCAGCGACCCGAUUCAGCAGCAGGACCUCUUCAAGAAAUUUGGUUUCUCCAAGAUGAAGAUGGUUGCCAAAUUCUGCAUCCUACCCUACGAUUCAGAUUCCACCACCUCAGUUUAUUGCUUGCUCUCUUUUUGUAAUUUCCUUUCGAUGUUUUGA